AAUUAUAUGGAAGGGAAUCAAAAUUAUAGUGAAACUAAAAAUAGCAAGAACAUUUAAAAGAAAAUUCAGUAAAAAAUUGUAUUGAAAUGUAUAACGACGUAAAUUUUGCAAGGAAUGAAUUUAAGUUAGCCGGAAAUUAUGAUAACUUGGGAUCGCAAUUUGAUAGGAGGGCAGCAUUUGAAUACGAAAUAACAAACAACCUGAGCAGACCAAAAAGAUAUAGAAAACAGCAAGAUCGUGAUAGUUUGGCGAAUAGAUACAGAAGAUAUGCUAAUCAAGAUAGAUAUGCUGCCGCUAAUACACUUCGAGACGAUGUAUUACGUAAUUGGAGAGAAACAUCCUAUUCAGCUCCACGUUACCAACCUUACCAACGGCCAUCAGGUCAUGGUUGGAGAGAAAAUCAUGAAAAUUUAAGGAAACCACGUUUUCCUCUGAAACCCAACAGGAAUGAUGGUUAUAAAAAGAUGAAGAUGUCAUCUGGAAAGGUUAAUAUCACCAAUCUAACCGAGGGCAUUUGCAAUUUUGCUGCUGAUAUUUAUAAGGAAUGUACAAAAUCGACUCGUGGUGAUGUAAUAAUUUCACCAUUAUCAAUUGCCGUUGCACUUGGUCUAUUGGCACAAGGUGCCAAUGGAAAUACGUAUGAUGAACUCCGCAAAGGAUUACAUUUGACACAUGACAAAGAGACAAUAGCUAAUCAAUUUGUUGCAUAUUUUGAAUUAUUGCAUAAUACUGUUGGACAGUCAACAUUUUCGAUUGCAAAUCGAUUAUAUAUCCAAUCUGGCCAUCAAAUCAAUAGACAUUUCCAAGAAGUGGCAGUGAAAAAAUUUUCAUCGGGCAUUGAAUCGUUGAAUUUUGCACAAUCCGCUGAAAGUGCCGCAAUCAUAAAUCACUUUGUGGAAUCGAAAACAAAUGGAAAAAUUAAGGAUUUGAUCAAUCCCUAUAUGCUGAACGCCCAAACACGUUUGGUUUUGGUGAAUGCCAUCUAUUUUAAAGGUAACUGGGAACACCAAUUUGAUCCGAGAAACACAGAACAAGGCCAUUUUUAUGUGAGUGAAACCAAAACCGUGCCAGUCAAUUUUAUGAGCAUUACGAAGAAAUUCAACCACGCUGUUUUGGAUGAAUUGGAUGCCACGGCCGUUGAAAUGAACUAUGCUAAUUCGAACUUUUCAUUUAUGAUCGUUUUGCCGAAUAAGCGCACAGGCCUAUCGACCCUUGAAAACAGGUUGCAAAAUUACGACUUGGCUAAAAUCACUAAAAAAAUGCACAGCACAAAGGUGGGAGUGAGCAUUCCAAAAUUCAAGAUCGAAUUCGAAAUUAACUUGAAUGACGCUUUGAAACAUAUGGAUAUGGCUUAUAUGUUUAGCCAGAAAGCUGAUUUUAGCGGACUGUUGGAAUCAAAUGAGCUGUUGUUCGUAUCGGACGUGGUCCAUAAGGCAUUUAUCGAAGUGAAUGAAGAAGGUGCAGGUUUUUGUGAUUGAAGCAUCUCUGGCUGGAAAAAACUUUUAAAGCAAUAUUUUAAAAAAAAUAUACCAAAAAAAUCCUGACUACUUUA